AUGAAGGACCAGAAGGAGAAUCGCAGACCAAACCUAACCCAAACAAGGCCGUGCCUCCGUGGGUCUCUCUCCCUUCUUCUUUACCUCCAGACAGCGGGUGGCUGCGGGGACUUCUUCUACCUCGUCUUCUUCCCUAGUAGUCGGAGAGUGUUUGCGUGGAAUUGUGCUACAUCAACUUCUUCUCCAGUAGUUGCAGUUGGCGAGCGACUACCUGCAGUUCUUCUAUGUCGUCCUCUUCUCCAGUUGGCGGGCUAUUGCGUGGCCUUCCUGUGCUUCGUCUUCCUCCUCAGGUUGAACGUGUUCUACGUCGCGCCAUCCUUCUUUGCGCGCGAUUUUACGGUCGGUUGCAAUUCUCCCUAUCGAGUUUCGGGAUGUCUUUGCAGCUGACCCUGAACGGUGUGGAAAAACAACACUCAGAAGCAAAGCCCGCCCCAGGCUUGGCUUCGAGACUUGGGAGAAUUGCGACCCAACCUAACGACGGCGUAUUCUAGGCCUCCCGGAAGGCGCUGCGGCU